AUGUUUCAGGAGGAGUAUGUCGGAGAAAUAAAAGGUGGGCUGCGGCCCACGAUGAGACUGGUUGUCAUGGGAAUUGUUAACAAGAAGCCCCAGAGGUUGGUAGACAGACACCUGUUUUAAAUGUCUCUUCUGUAGCCUAAGGAAAUGAAUUGUUAAUUUACCGUUUUGAAUCUGAGCGUGUCGCGAGUGAAUGAAUGGACUGUCUGCAUUUGACAUUUGCAAGUCCACGGCCAAGGCAGACACAGAGACAAUGGGAGGAUUGUGCAGCGCAACACACCGUGUAGUUGAGUUGAGAUCAGGAGGGACUGAAGCUGCUGCUACAUCGAGAUGCUAUAGCUCCGGGCAAUGCAAUUUCACAAUACUGCAAGAGAAAGUAAAUAUCCAGAGUGCAAAUUGUAGAAUAUAAUUCCUUAUGAGCAUUUGAGCUUUCUGAUUUAGCAACCAUUCACAGCAUUUUUCACUCUCUUUCUUCACUCUCUUUCUUUGCUCUCUUUGUAGUCUUAAAUAUUUGUCUAAUUGACUGAUGCAUUGUUUAAUUCAAUACGUGGAACAUUUUCAGAACCCAUGAAGGGUUUGGUGAGCUUGACUUCUGCUAGCAGCAGCUCUGUGGGGAGAUAAGAUCAAUAUCCCCUUAUUUGGCCUUUUACCAUUUAUAAAUAAAAAAAAUCAGUGAAGAAGAAUAUAAAGCAAUCUCAGUUCUAAUGUGUGAAUUUUAAAGUCACUAAAGUGUUUGUCCUUUGUGCCUGCCCUAAAUACUUGACUCUUGAAGUUAUUCAGCCCAUCGUUGCUUCCAUCCCUCUCCUCGCCCCUACCUGGGCUUGAACCUGGGACCCUCUGCACACAUCGACAACAGUCACCCUCGAAGCACCGUUACCCGUCACUCCACAAAAGCCGCGGCCCUUUGCAGAGCAAGGAAGAAACAACUACUUCAAGGUCCCAGAGCGAGUGACGUCACCGAUUGAAAUGCUACUAGCGCUCACCGCUAACUAGCUAGCCAUUUCAUACCGGUUAAACUAGCUAAUAACGGUAGCCUGGUACUGUACUCACAGCUUGUGGUGACGUCAAAUAGCCAGAGGAUGUCACCACUGUAUCUCUGUAGCUGUAUAUUUUUUUGUUGCCGUUUUUUAAAUCUCAAUAUCAAAUCAUUUCUGGUUAUGAAGUACCUUACUGUGAUUGUUUUCUUUGCAAAGAGCCAUUUCUCAAGCAAGAAUUUUGCUACGACUGUCUGGGAGUGGUCUGAGUGGGGAGGGGAAAACUGAACUAGAUGUUAUUGGCAGAGAGGUUUGGAACUCUCUUUCUUAUUGGUCUAUUAACUAAUUUACUGUGGUGAUGUCACCAUGGAAGGCCAAAACUCCAUCCCACCAAAACAGGCUGAAAUUUCAGGCGGUCUUUUAAAACAGCUCUUACACUAAAAAGGCAUUAUUUUAUAUAAUUUUCACAAUUUCGCAGUAUUAUUCCAACCUCAGAGUGUGUAGCUCAGUUGAUAGAGCAUGGCGCUUGCAACGCCAGGGUUGUGUGUUCGAUUCCCACGGGGGACCAGUAUGGAGAAAAAAAAAUGGAUGCACUCACUAACUGUAAGUCGCUCUGGAUAAGAGCGUCUGCUAAAUGACUAAAAUAUAUAAAUGUAAAACACAGGAAAUUCACAUUUUUUGACUGCCCUGGGCAUUUAAAUCAACAACGUUUGGAUUGUUUGCUUGCAUUUUGCAUCUGCACCAUUGCAGCAAUCACUGACCUCACUGUUUAUUCUGCCCAGCAUGGUGGUGUCCCUGUCCAGUGAUCCGGUGGAAGAGGACUUUGAGGGAGACGUGGGUUUGCAGGUAAAGGUCAACUUCCUGGAUAAGGCUGUGCAGAGGAACGCUCGUCUGGCUGGGAGCUGGGGGACAUCAGAGAACACCCUGGCAUACUUCCCCUUCACUGCUGGGGAGCCCUUCAAGGUAUGGAGCCUACAAUCAUAG